UGUAUAUAGUUUGGUGGGUACCUAGGUAUUUUAAAAUAUUAUGCGUCGUUAGUCACUUUUUGUGGUUUUAACAAUUUUUUUGUUUCCGAGUUUUUCAUUGCUUUUAAUAUUCACAGUUGCUCUAUUAGACGUUAUCAUCAAUGAACCUGCAAUAAUAUUAUUUGCCAGGUACCCGUAAAAACUGUCGUUUAUAUCCAGUGGUUUUUGAGUAAUACCGACUCGUAUGAUUUAAGUAUUUAGGUAAGUAAAUAUUUUACCAUCGCAGUCAAUUUUAUCACGGUAACGGUGCGCAGACGCGACUGCGCGAAACGACCUCCAUUGUCACUUUAUUACCAGACGAGACAGACGGACGUACGGGUCACCGAGCGAAAACGCCCCGUUUCGUUUCCACAGUCGAGUGUAACGAAACGUUCGCGGUGCGAAAUUUCCCACCGAUCGUGUAGAUAAUCGAAAACCACGACGGUUUUUCCUGAAGAUAUUUCAUUUUUAUUUAAAUUAAUAUCAUAUUCAAUAUAAGCAAUAAUAAUUUCGGAAAGAAAAUAUUCGUAAAAUAGGUAUCGAAUUAAUAUUUCAUUGUCAAUUGAUUAUCGCGGUAGGUAGGUAUAGGUAGGUAGGUAGGUAGACUAUAAUAUAAUAAUGAUCGCAGCAGUAGGUACAGUGGUACGUAGGUAGGUACCUACCCGUUCAAGGACGUCCUCCGUCCCUUUCUCCUCCGCCCAGAGAGCCUGGUUCCUACUUUUUUUUUCAUUUUAACGAACAGUGAUUGCGUAUAAUAUUAUCACCGUCGAUGACACAUGCCUUUUAAUAAUAUGAUAUUAUUCCCGUGUAUAUAUAUAUAUAUAUAUAAUUUAUUAUCAUUAUCAAUAGAUGAACAAAAUAAAAAAAUUAAAAAAUUAAAUAAAACUCGCAGGCACACGGGGCCGACGACGUCUAGCGGAUGCACGUCAGUACCAGUCGGUAGUCGAGCAUUCAGCGCUCUUUAUCUCGAAUUUAUUCGGCGUAUGACGAUAUUAUUAUCCAAUUUAGUACGACUCUCCCGUUUCGUAUCCGCCGUUGUUGUUGUACUUUGUUGCCGACACCCGCCGCCAGUCUACCACUACGCCAACCACCACCACCGUCACCGUUAAUUAUGUGAUAAUCAAUCGACGUAAAACAUUCAAAGAAUUUUCACAAAGUUAAACACUGCGCGACAGUAUUCCGCUCUUUACGUAUCACCACACACCACACACACACACACACAUAAUAAUACAUAUAUUAUUUGGCUAGUGAUUAGAGAGUGAGUGACAAAGAGAGAGUCAUAAUAUUAUACCUGAAUUAUAAUAUCAUAAAUGUAAAUUAUUUUGUUAUUAUUAUUAUUAUUAUUAUUAUUAUUUUUAUUACUUGCUAUUAUUUUAUUACAAUUAAUUUUUCGUACGUCAUUUAGAAUAUCCGAUUUUUUCGUUUCUUUUAGUCAAUUUUUUUAAUUUUUUUACUACGUUAAUUUCGCAAGAGAAUUCCCUAUAGGUACAUUACAGUUACGUUUCGCAACGAUAUUACGUUUACAAUCACGGACCGCGGCGAACAGACAUCGUAAUUGAAAACACCAAAAUCAAGUAAGUAAAAUUCUUGCUAACGAUGAAAAUAUAUCGCAUACUAGUCCACCCAUUAAACGACUCAUCCCAAUAAUAAUAGGAGGUCUUGCGUUUCGAGUCAUUUUAGACACCUAAGUUCGUUACCUACCUUAACGAUCUGCAAAAAAAGGUUUCUUGUCAUAGGUAUAUCAAUUUUGCGUUUUGUUAUUUCCCACACGAAAUAUGUAAGUUUUCUUAAAUACCCACCUAGCUAUGUAUAGGUAAAUUCAUUUUUUUUAUAAUCUUUAUUUUAGGCCAUCAAAAUCGGCUUUUUUUUAUUUAACAUUUAUAUCUUAUCAGUAGUCGCACAAUUUAUACACCCAAUUUUUCUAUUUCUACAAUAUUUAUAACUCAUUUCUCUGGGGAGAUGUUCACAUCGCUGAUAAUUAACAGCAUUGACAACAAGGUCGGUUUAACCAUCAACAACACUACAAUAUUGUUAUCUGUCAGUUAAUAAUAUAAUAUGUGAGGGUCAUUCAAGCAAGUCUAUUCAAUUAAAUUAUUUGCUCAAUAAAAAUAUGUUUCAGGCGUACUCAUUGCAGUAUUUAUUUAAAUUGAACAAAUGUUGUUUAAUAGUGGAGUGUUAUAAGUAAUUUUCAGUGGUAAAUAUUUUAGCGGAUGUUCGUUUUUUUUUUUUUAGUUUUUUAGUUUUUUUUUAGUUUUCAUAUACCUACCUAUGAAUGUUGAUAAAAAAAAAAAUCAAUAUUUCAGAAAUAAAAAUGAAUUAACUAUAAAUUACAACUUUUCAACAACAUUUGGUAAUAUUAUAGUUGGGUACAGUUGCAUUCUUAUAAUUUUUUAAAUAAUAUUUUUACAAAAACAAAUUAUUAAACUAGGGCAAAUUGCUGAGUAUUUAGGUGUAAACAUUUAUAUUUUAAUUUUAAUAUUUUUACUUGGUUUGUUAGUACCAAUAUACUACAAUAAGUAUUUGGUAUUUUUAUUAUUAUAGAGAUUUUAAAUUUAUAUUAUUUUUAAGAUCUAGUUACUGACCUACCAUUAUUAUAUGAAUAAUAAAAAUAAAAAUAAAAAAAAAUACUCAGUAGGUUCUUACUCCUAUUAUUAGAUAAGAGUAUUAUUAUCAUAAUUAUUUUUAAAAAAUUAACAAUAUUGAAGAUUAUUAACUGAUAACAGUCAAUAAUAAUAAUAUUUAUUAACCUAUUUUUUAAAUUAAAUAUAUUUUGAGUUGUCAUACAUGCAAAAUAUCUUGUAUUUUAUGCAACAUCAAUUAACGUUCUACUUAAACUAUUGCAUAUUGUUGAAUAUCUUGAUGAAGAUUAAAUAUAAUUAUCUUAUCUUAACAUACCUAUAAAUACAUACCAUAAUUACAUAAUUUAGGAAAAGGAGUUAGGUAUUUCAAAUUUAGUUUAUCUAUUAAGAUAACUAAAACUUAAAGUGAUCUAAAUUGAUAUAGCCUAUAUCAUAUUCCACCUCAUAAAAGUAUUCGUUUAAAAUAAUUUACUAUCCAAAUAUAUAUUAUUUGACUAAUACCUACCUAGAUUAUCCACUGAACUAGUUAACAAAAUUAUUAAGUAAUAUUUUUUUUAUUUCAGAUAAUAUUUUAUACCUAACAGUUAUAACAAUAACCGUAUUCUCUAUAUCCUUCAUAAUAAAGUUUUCAUUAUAAUUGUAUAAACAAAUUUAAAGAAAACAUUUUAAACUGAGAUGCCAUAAUCUCAGUUUUUCUAAUAUUUUAAUUUUAACCAAAAAAUGUUACCUAAUAUUUCAAAACUAACAAAAUAUAAAUAAUAUUAAUAGUCAUACUACUCAUAAGGUAUGAUUAUUAAGGUUUUCAAAGCAUACCUACUUAAAAUCUAGAUUGAUAAAAUAUAUAUUUGGUAAACAAACAAUUGAUUAUGAAUAAAUUGUUUUCAAAAAUUUAAAUCUAUGAGAGAGAUUUGUAAAAUUAAACCUUUGAAGGAUUCAUAUUGUCUAAAUACAAAUUAAUACUAGAAAAACAAAUACUGUACAUUAUUUGAAUUUUAAAAAGACUCACUUAGUUUAGAAUCUAUAAUGUAUUAAUAUCUCGUUUAAUAUUUAUUAUGAAAAUCGUGCUCAUUUUUAAUAUCUCUACUUGCAAUUAAAAUAAUAUGCAUAGAAAUAAGUUUUACAUUUUUUUUUCUUAUUCAAAUUCAAUUAUAUUAUAUAAUGAAUAAUAAGUAUAAGGUAUAAAUUAUUUUGGCUUGAAUAAUGGAUUAAAAAGGCCUUCUAUUGAAUGUAUUUUGAUUGUACUAUGUCAUUUGGUUCCAAGAGUAUGUUGAUCCACGGGGUCAAUCUAUUCCUAUUUGGGACAUUUUGUUUCUAAUGGAAAGUUUUGAUCUUUUUUAAUAUUUGUACAAAAAUAAAAGAGGACCUUUCAAAAAAAAUAAUAAUGAAAAACAAACAAUCUAGUACCCUAGGCUUGCUUAGGAGUAUACUAUUGGUGGUAAGUAAGAGGUUCAUUAACAUUUUUUAUUUUGACUAAAAAAUUACAUCAUAUUAUGAAUUUAAACUCUGAGUAGUCAGUUAUGGAGGGAGGCUGGGUUUAAACUUCAUAAACCUCACUAUUGGUGCAGGUAAGAUGUAUAUUUGGGAGCUCAAAGUAAUGGGAUAUUUUGGGGCCCUCUCUUACAUUUUACCAAUCAAUAAUUUAAAAUUCAAAUUUAUAGUACACUACAGUUUUGAGAAAAAUUAAACUUAUCAAGCUAAAAAAUCUAAGCAAUUUUUAUAACAAUCAAAAAAAUAACUUAAAUAUAUUUUCUAUUUUUUCCUUCACUUUAGAAUUUUUUGUUCCUCUAUUAUUUUUUUAAAAGUAACAAAUAGUCCCUUGUGGUAACAAAAUGUCCUACUAGACAUUUGUUCUACUUUAAGAUUUUUUUUUUCAUUAUAAUUAUUUUUGGAAUAUUGAAUAGAAUGUUCAAACAACAUUUUGACAAAUCGUUGUUGACAAAAAAAAAAGUACAUGCACAAUUUCCAAUUUUGAGGUUUUGGUAUCCCUGAAUUAAAAAAAAAUAAGCUAUCUUGUGAUAAUAUGUCCUAUGUGCUAUCUUCAUGAAAUAAUUAAUGAAAAGCAAAAAACAAGGAACAAAUGCAGUUUAGCUCCCAAGCAAUUUUUUUCCAAAACGUAUGUUUUUGCAUGCUUAAUUAAUUUGAUGGUUCUUUAAAAAAGUUACCCAAACUUCAUCUGUAAGUUAUGGUUAAAAAUCUUUAAAAUACUAAAUUUUUCAAAAAAAUUCCAACAAUGUAAUUUUUUUUAGAAAUGGCAGGAAUCAAAAUUGGAAUUGGAAAUAUAUGCUUAAAUUUUGGUGAAAUCAGAAUUCACCUAUCCUACUUACUUUUUAUGUUAUUGUUAAUAAACCAUGAAAAACAUAAUUAUAAUGUUAUUUCAAUCAUUUGCAUAUUAAAGUAACUCAAAAUUGAUUGUUUGAACUUUUUGUUUUUCAUUUGGUGUGUAAUAACAUAAAGAAGUUUUUGGUGAAAUCACAAGUAAUAUUUUUAUGGUUUUACAAUUUUCGAUUUUUUUAAAACGUUUUUCAUAUCACCUGUAAAAUUAGGUUUUAUCACAUAGCACAGUUUUCAACCGUGGGUCCCAGGUUUAUUAUUAAGUGAGCCUCGUCUAUUAAUAAAAUAUAGUACAGUAACACAGUAAAUUUGUUUAUUUUUAUUUUUAUUAUUAUCAUUAUUAGUAAUGGAGCCGCUAAUUUAGUUUUUAAAAUCAAAAGAGCCGUGGACCCCAGAAAGUUGAAAACCACUGACUUAGCAGGUUUUUUUACAUCAACAACAAAUUGUUAUGUGGGAUUAUGUAAAUUACACUAUAUUAAAUUUUGGGAUGAUUGUUAUAUUAUAUUUAUAUUGUUUCACAUGAAGUAGUUUUCAAUAUCAGAUCUAAAUUUUGUUUUUCUAACAUGGGUGGUACAAUGAAAAGGGGAUAUAUAUAUCUAUUUAUAAUAAUUCAACGGGACUAGCCCUUUUACUAUAUAGAGUGCAGUAUGUAUAAGAGUAAAAUUUUUAUAUUAGUCAUAUUCUUAUAUGACCAGUUCCUUUUAAAUAUUUAUAAUUUAUAAUACUAAAUUACCUAUUUAUUUAUAUAUAAUGUUAAAAAAUUAGAUUCAUCUAUCCCCCUUAUGAUUAAAUCAUUUGAUCACCACUUCUCCUGAUAAUAAUUAAAAAAUGUAAUAUAUUUGAUUAUAUUAUUUUUACCACUAUUUCAGACUAUUACUGCCUAAUCAUUUGUAUUAAUGGUAUGGUUAAAAUAAUAUGAGGCAUGUAUUUUCAUGUAUUAUAUUAUGGAUAUAUUAUACCAACAUUUGAUAGGUUUGAUAUUAACUAGGUAUUAUAUUACUUUGUACCUAUCAUAUAAAUAUUAAUAAAUUUACUGUACUUAAUUAUUUAUAUAUUUAUGGUAUCAUACUUAAAUAUAAUUCAUUAAGAAAAAAAAAGAUUUUAAUGUUUUUUAUAUAUAUAUAUAUAUCUUAAUUUCAUCAUAAAUUAUUUAUAUGUAGUAUAGUAUUAUUUUAUAUAAUUAUUAACUAUAAAAAAAAAAAAAAUCAAGUAGGUACUUUAUAAUAAGAAACAUAUUAUUUUAAUAUGUUGGUAUUGUUUUGGCAAGUUGUCAUAAUAAUUCAAUCCAUUGAUAUAUAUUAUUUGUUAGCAGAUGAAAUUCAUAUUUUUAUGGAUAAAAUAUAUUCAAUUUUAUUUCCUUAAUGUCUAUCAUAUAUUUGUGUAUGGCGAAUUUUGAAUGCAUAUAAGUAGGUAAUUUACUGUUAAGGAUUACUUUUUGUGGUAAAGACCUCACUUUUUAAUAUAUCAAAUAAAGUGUUCGCAUAUAAAACAUGAAAGAUCUUUAAAAUGAAAAUUAUAAAACACGUAUUAUAUAAUUUUUAGAUAAUAACAAUUUGUAGACAACAUUUUACAAUUCUCCAAAUUUUCAACUCAUUAUUGUAGAUACAAGAAUUUGUGUUUUACAUUUUUUUAUUAUAUUGUUUGUAUGAUUUGUAACUUUUUAAAUAAUUAGUAUUUUAUAAGUUACUACAAAAUAACAUAGUUUUCAAAAUGUAGUCAUUUAUUAAUUAUAUAAAUUAUAUACCAACCAAUUUAAGGAUAUUUUAGUUAGUUUUACGUGAACACAUUAUUUUUUACUAUGGUGGCUUCUUAAUGUAUCAACAAUACUGGGGAAUAUAACUAUUAUUGCGGAUGCAACUAGGACUUAUUUCGUAUAAGAAAAUUUGUACUAUUUGUAUGGGUACAACUGGGUUGUAGCUAUAAUAAGGUAUGGGAUAAGACUAGGUAUUAUUGGGAACUCAGAAUAUAAUUGUUGACCAAUUCUGCAGUCACAAUUUAAACAUAAUAUUGUGAGAAAAUUGGGGAUUUUUUUAUGAUAAUAAUUCAAAUAUAGCAGUUUGAGAUAUAUUAAAGCAUAUUUUUCUUGUGAUUUCAUUUCUUAAGAAUUUUAUUAAGUAUUAAAAUAUUAAUUUUUAAUUGUCUUAUUAAUUUUAUGUACCUAUAUAAUGAAUACAUUUAGCGUAAUACCUAGUUAUUUAUUAUUUAUGAAAAAAAUGUAUUUCUUGUUAUUGUUUUUGGAUUAAAACCCAGUUAUCAUUAUAUAAAUAAAUAAGAUUGUGAAAAAAUUGAAUGGUUACAAUAGAAAGAAAAAACUAUUUUAUAAUUCUAUUUUCAGUUAAUAACCAAUUUAUAAUGGCUAACAGAGCUGUCCCACAGAGACCUAAUGGUCAGACUCCAGGAAAAAUAUGUCAAUUUAAGCUAGUUUUAUUAGGUGAAUCAUCAGUUGGGAAAUCUAGCUUAGUUCUUCGAUUUGUAAAAGGUCAAUUUCAUGAAUAUCAAGAGAGUACUAUUGGUGGUAUGUGUUUUAUAUUGUUGAAAGUUAUUAAACUAUUUGAUUCUCAAUUAUUUUUAUUUUUAGCUGCAUUCCUUACCCAAACUAUUCAUUUAAAUGAUGUAGCUGUAAAAUUUGAAAUUUGGGAUACUGCAGGACAAGAACGUUACCAUAGUUUAGCGCCAAUGUAUUAUAGAGGCGCUCAAGCAGCUAUCGUUGUCUAUGAUAUUACUAAUCAAGUAAUAGUUUGUUUUUGUAUUAUAUAUAACUAUAUUUAUGUUAAGACUAUUAAUGAAUUCGGGUUUUCUUUUAAAAGGAUACAUUUGAAAGAGCUAAAAAUUGGGUGAAGGAACUACAAAGACAAGCAACCCCUGGGAUUGUUAUAGCAUUAGCUGGAAAUAAGUUAGAUUUAAAUAAUAUGAGAAGUGUUCAGACUGAUGAAUCACAGACGUAUGCCUAUGAAAAUGGUCUAUUAUUUAUGGAAACAUCAGCAAAAACUAGUGCAAAUGUGACAGAAAUUUUUAAAGCAAUUGGUAAGAACUAAAAAAACAUAAUAAUUUAAAAAUUGAAUUUUUUGUUUUUCUUUAUUAAUAAAUAUAGCUGAAAAACUUCCUAAGAAUGAAACGACAAAUGCAGCGCAACAAGGGCGGCGUCUUGUUGAAUCUGAAGCAGGGAAUAAGAGUCUAAGCAGCUGUUGUAAGUGAUACAGUAAACCAAGUCAGUUCUCAAUUGGAUUAUUGACGUUUAAUUAUCUUUUAAACUAUAUAGCUUUGUACAAUUAUUAAACCUCAGAGUUAUAUUUAUCAAUUUGCAUUUAAUAUAUGUAUCAAUAUAUUAUCUUUAAUACAUAUACAAAACAUUUUGUUUUAUUUCCAUUAUGCUUUUAUGUGCAUUAUCAUAAAAAUGUCAAUAUAUUGAUGGAUGAUGUCCAGUAACACUAUAGUGUACUUUUUAUUUAAUUUAUUUGGUUCUUUCUUAGUUUUUUUUUUUUUUUUUUUUUUUUUUUUAAAAAAAUUUUGCAUUUUUUUAACCGUCCAUUCUUCCGUUCGGCCGUAUUUUCUUCUGGUCUUCUUCCGCUGCCGUUAUCACGGGACACCGUCUAAACGCGUGCGCGUGGGACGUAGAAUCUAAAAUCCUAACCAGCGAUAGAAUUGUAUUUUUGUUUUUUAUAUAUUUAUAUAUAUAUACACAAGACGACUUGAGGAGAUUGCCUAUUUUUUUUUUUAUUUUUUUGGUUUUUUUUUUUUUUUUUUUUUUUUUUUUUUUUUUUUUUAUCAAAUAAAUUUUGUAUCUUCAGUUAAAUAAAUAUGUACCUAAUAAAAUAUAAUAUUUUACCAUAUUGUAAGUUAAGUAGAAAUAGAAAAAAAUUCUAAAUUAGAAAAUAAAAUCCUAAAAUGUAUAUUUCAACUUAAAAUUUUUUCAAGAAAUAGUUAAAAAUAUGGUUAAUACUACAACAUAAUUAUUUAUUAUACAUACAGCUUUUAAUACAAUUUUAUUUCUAGAAUUAAAUACUUUGUAUGUAUUCUGUGUUACUAAUAUUUAAUCACAUUUUAUAUUAUAUAUUGUAAUCCAGUAAAAUAUUAAACUAUUAAGUAUAUUAUAUAUAUACAUAGGUAUUUGUAUAAUGGUAUCUAAAAAAAUUAUUGUUAUUCAUUUUAUCCAAACAGUUAUGUAAUUUACUAUGUAAAUGUUUUAAUUUUAGCUGCAGUUAAGUAAUAAGGUUUGUGUAAAUGGUGGAAGAAUAUAAAACAAUUAUUGUAUUUUAUCAUUACAAAAUCAUAUUUUUAUCAUUUAAAUUAUUAUUUUGUUUAUUUUCUAUUAUUAUUAUUAUUAUUAUUAUUAUUAUUAUUAUUAUUAUUGUUUUGUUUCUUUGAUAAAUUAUUUUAUUUGAACUAGGGUAUUUACAAAUAUUCAACAAAUUCCAAUUAUUAUAUAAUAGCAAUAUAUAAAUUUAUAUUAAAGUUAAAAUGUUUAUGUAUAAAAAUAAAUGAUGAUACAAAGUAACAGCCUAAAUUGAAACUUAUUGACCAAUUAAUUAAUGUAUAUUUUAUUUUAUUUAUUAAAUGCACUAAAUACAAAUAAUUAUUAUUAAUUCAAUAAUAUAUUUAUUAUAUAUCUUUAUUUAACAAUACAUGUUAUUUAUCACAAAACCUACCUUUUUAGUUAAUUUUGUGCUCGACAAAUAAAAUUGUAAUAACUGUAUCUAUUUUAAUAAUUAUGUUGACAUUUAUCAAUAAUUAUGAAUAUCUAAUUAUAUAAUAUAAUGAUAGUCCAUAAUGAAUAAAGCACGUAAGUAGAUAUUGUAUAUGAAAUUAUAACAAAAAUAAUAAAAUAAAGUUGAGUUAUUUAGUAUAAAUAAAUAUAGAUAUAGAUGUAUUUAUUUGGUUAUGAACAGCAGCAUUAAAUCCAACAUUAUAAUAUGUGUUGUAAAUUAAUUCAGUUAUUUAUAGGGUGUCUUGAAAUUAAAUGAAAACGGCUUUUCACUGGGUGGUGUUGGGUUCUAUCCACUAUUGUAAGUAGAAAGUUGAGAAGAUAUAGGAUAUAAGGUUA